CAAAACUAAAAAAUCCGAAAGAGAUGUCCUGGCGUCCGCAAUACCGCAGCUCCAAGUUCCGGAACGUCUAUGGGAAGGUGGCCAACCGGGAGCACUGCUUCGACGGGAUCCCCAUCACCAAGAAUGUGCAUGAUAACCAUUUUUGCGCCGUCAAUGCCCGCUUCCUGGCCAUCGUCACUGAGAGCGCGGGAGGUGGCUCCUUCCUCGUCAUCCCCCUGGAACAGACGGGCAGGAUUGAACCCAACUACCCCAAGGUCUGUGGUCACCAGGGCAACGUGCUGGACAUCAAGUGGAACCCCUUCAUCGACAACAUCAUUGCCUCGUGCUCGGAGGACACGUCGGUGCGGAUCUGGGAGAUCCCCGAGGGCGGGCUGAAGCGGAACAUGACGGAGGCUCUUCUGGAACUGCAUGGGCACAGCCGGCGCGUGGGGCUGGUCGAGUGGCACCCUACCACCAACAACAUCCUGUUCAGUGCUGGCUAUGACUACAAGGUCCUCAUCUGGAACCUGGACGUGGGCGAACCGGUGAAGAUGAUAGACUGCCACUCGGACGUGAUCCUCUGCAUGUCCUUCAACACUGACGGCAGCCUGCUUACCACCACGUGCAAGGACAAGAAACUGCGUGUGAUCGAGCCCCGCUCCGGCCGCGUUCUGCAGGAGGCGAACUGCAAAAACCACAGAGUGAACCGGGUGGUCUUCCUGGGAAACAUGAAGCGGCUUCUCACGACGGGGGUCUCCAGGUGGAACACGAGACAGAUCGCCCUCUGGGACCAGGAGGACCUGUCCAUGCCCCUGAUCGAGGAGGAAAUUGAUGGGCUCUCCGGCCUCCUGUUCCCCUUCUACGACGCUGACACACACAUGCUCUACCUGGCUGGAAAGGGAGAUGGAAACAUCAGGUACUACGAGAUCAGCACCGAGAAGCCCUACCUGAGUUACCUCAUGGAGUUCCGCUCCCCAGCCCCGCAGAAAGGCCUCGGGGUUAUGCCCAAGCACGGGCUGGAUGUGUCUGCCUGCGAGGUGUUCCGAUUCUACAAGCUGGUGACUCUCAAGGGCCUGAUUGAGCCUAUCUCCAUGAUCGUGCCCCGGAGGUCGGAUUCCUACCAGGAAGACAUUUACCCCAUGACGCCGGGCACAGAGCCAGCUCUGACCCCCGAUGAGUGGCUGGGAGGCAUCAACCGAGAUCCUGUGCUGAUGUCUUUGAAAGAAGGCUAUAAGAAGUCCCCCAAAAUGGUAUUCAAGGCUCCCAUCAAAGAAAAGAAGAGCGUUGUGGUCAACGGAAUAGAUUUAUUAGAAAAUGUCCCACCCAGGACAGAGAAUGAGCUCCUGCGGAUGUUCUUCCGGCAGCAGGAUGAGAUUCGGAGGUUGAAAGAGGAGCUGGCCCAGAAGGACAUCCGCAUUCGGCAGCUACAGCUGGAACUGAAAAACUUGCGCAACAGCCCCAAGAACUGUUAGCUCCCCGGCUGAGCUGCUUUCUAAGCUGAACUCUCCGUUGUUUCUACUCGUCCCUUAACUUCCCCUUCUCCGGUGACCCCAGAGACAGAGCCAGGACUGGAGCUGGGGGAGCGCCUGAGGACCCCACCUGCCACCUCAAGAACUGGAAGCUGACCUUUGACCUCUCGACCUCAUGCUAAUAAAAGCCCCCAGCCUCUCCCGGAGACCCAGGCUGGCAGCCCCUUCCCCUGCCACCCCAGGAGCCUCGGCUUCCCCUUGGCUGGCAAAGACCUCGGACCCCCCCGAGGGGUGCCCUCAAUGGACCAGGGAGCGGAGGGGGAAGCCAGGACCCCAGGAGACUUAGAGGUUGAACUUUUCCCCUGCAAAGGGGGCUGCCAGGACAUCUCCGUGCUCCCUGCUGGGGCUCACAGCGGCCCUGAUGGACGCACAGUAAGGGCUGGAUUGCCGACAUCUGCUGUUCUCCCUCCCGUCCACCACCUCCCUCUCCCCCGGCAGCCCUGGAAGCCCACUCACCUGACAAGGGUUGCGAGCAGCCCAGCUCCUUCCUGGCUCUUGCCCCCUCUCUCUUAUCUUCAGGGAAUUAAGAGGAUCGCUCGCCAAGGCCAGAAUGCCCCCUUGCUUUCCCCUGAUGCUCUUCAAAGCUCUGGCAACACCCUUCUCCCAUUGACUUUGUGAAGCAUGCAGGGUAGGGAAUCGUGUCUCCAUUUUACAAGUGACAGAACUGAGGGUUGCAGUGGGGUAGUGACUUCACUAAGUCACCCAGCAGAUGAACAGUGGACCCAGGACUAGGACCAGUGGUGUGCAGACCGCAGGCCCGGACCCUUCCCACUGCAUCAAGAUGCCAAUCCCACGGGGGCAUCACCAGGGCCCAAGUCUCCGUGGAGGAAGAGGACUGGGAGCCUCCCAACACCAGUAGUGCCAAUGUGUCUCACUGCCCGGUCGAGGCUCCUCACACUCGGUGCCCCCACGUCCUCCUGGCCCCCACCCUCUGCUCCCACCCCCUAGGGGACGCCCUCUGAGAUGAGGCCUUUUCCUCCUGGAGGCUGAGGCUGAGAAGGGUGGAGCUGGCCCUGGGGAGGCCGAGCAGGGGCCUGAUGGCUCCGAGGGCUGCUCCGCGUGCAUGUCUCGGCCCUGCUCUCUCAGUCAUGGUCAGCCUCACAGUUGUAGGAUGACCACAGCCCCUCACGUGGGUGUAGCACUUUAAAGUUUACACAGCCCUUCGACACUUAGGAUCCCAUCUGAGCCUCACCUCGGCUCCCAGAGGAAGGGAGCAUUCUCCCCAGUUUGCAGAUAAAGAAACUGAAAAGCAGCCCAAGGUCACAGGACCCUGGGAGAUGCCACAUUUCACUUGGUCUUCUACAGUUUUCUUUUUUUCCUCUUUUUCUCCCUUCAUUUGUCACUACCUACAGAGUCCAUGAACACUGUUCUUAGAAAAGUCACAGUUUAGGGGUGAGAUCUGGCCCGGGCAUCAAGAACUGGGUGUCCACCCUUCUCUCUCAUUAGCUAGGACCUACUAGAUGCAUUGUGCUUCGCACCGCUUGUCCCAUGGCCGCCCUGCAGAGCAUCCAUCCACGGAGGCGGGGCUCCCUAAGCCCCCCCAGUGACCUGGGCAGGGAAAGCCCCCCCCGACCCCUCGGGCUUUUCCACCCUCUCGGCCAGCUAAAGCAGGGUCUCCUCACCCCCCAGACCCCGCAGCUAGACUGUGUAAGCUCACAUCUCCUCUUCCCCACACUUCUGAAGCUUUUUUUUUCUUCCCCACUGACCUUUGUGGUCUUCUGUGAUUAUUUAUGCUGCCUCCUGAGGAUAGAAUUGAAAUAAAAUGUUUUCAACUUAUCA